GGGUUCAGUCAUUAUAAACCAACAGCAGUUAUAAUGACGAUGAAGACCAGGAGACACUGAUAGAGAGAUCAGGAGGAGGAGCAGUUGAGACGAAAACCAACUUUUCGAGCCCCCGCAGAGUCGCGUUUCAGUCUCGGCUUCACUCCUCCGUCAAACCUCCUGCUGCUCCGCAUUAAACUAAUUGAACUAAUGAAGGCGAUUAAACUGGAGCAGAUCUGCAGGUGCUCAUCCCCCCAGUCAUUGCUGUUCUCCUCCGAGUCCUCCAGCCUGAAACUCAACAACUCAUGAUUUUCAUUCAUUUCAAACCGGAAUAUUCCCCGUUUACAAACGCUUUCUUCCUUCCUGAUGUGACCCAUUUAUUCUGGAUUUCUGCGGCUCUGAUUCGCUUCUAUUGGAUCGUUUUUAUCGCUUUGUUUUUUUUCUUAUUUAUUAUUCUGAUAUUACAAUCAAUCAUCCUUCCCUUCCUCACGACACGUUUUCUACUUUUACUCCAUCACCUGACUGAGCUUAAAGCCAGAGGAUGUUUUCUGAUUUAUGUCUCACAGCUCCUGUUUUGCGCUUCUGAUUAUCUCACAUCUGGAUGCUGCAGGAGGUUCCUGCUACUUUAAAACUCCGAGGAAUAAAUUAAUAAAUGCUGCACGGAUCCUGGAGACACCCAACAGUCCUCUGCUUGUCUCAUAAUUUCCACACAGUCUUGUUUUAUUGAUUUGAGGUAGAAAUCCUGGGACCUGUGGAUGUAUAUUUGAUCUCUGAGGACUCAUUUUCAACUUUUCUUCCAAACUGCUUUUUGUAUGAAAACAAUUUACCUCGAACCUGGAGGUAAGCCUGCUGGUAAUUUGUUCUGUUUUUUUCCACCUGAUAUAUCUUCUGAAGUUAUAUUUCCCAGAGGAGAGGAAACCCCGGUGGAGGUUCACAGCUCUCGAUCUGUUCGACAUCAGAGUUUAAUUUUGAGAACCUGAAGAAAGACACAGAUGUUAUUUUCAGUUAUCUCAUCCUGUUUUCCAACUAAAGUUAUUUUCUUAAUCUUCUAAAAUCAUUUUUUUCUGGAAGAAGGAGCAGAACCUUGGACUCUAAGGAACCCUGAGCUCCUGGAGGAAUCCGACAGUAUGAGGCACCCUGGGGAACCUUGAAGUGCCUCAAAAAAACAAGGAACACUUCUUGGAUUACAGAGGAACCUUUAGAUCCUAAAAGCAACCCUGUAUAUAACUUAAUAAUACAAACAACGCUGGAGGAACCUUUAAAAAAAACUUUCUUAGAAACCCUAGAGGGACCUUUUAGAAACCCCAGGAAAUCCAGGGACUGCUGGGAAUCUCCUGAGGAACUUCCGGAAGAACUGGUGUUGCUUCAAGACUCCUGUAAAGUUCUGAGGAUUGCAAUAGAUCUCAAAGGAACACUGAGAAUCCCACAGGAAGGGGUGGUUUAGGUUUUGAAGCCCUCAGAAGAACCAGUGUGGAAUCUAGAAAUCACUAAGACAAGGAAGUCAAUGAACCCUUAGGAAUCCUAGAACGAGACUCAGAGCAAGUUGGAGGAUGUAAAUAGACCUUGAAGAACCCAACACAAAACUCAUAAGUGCCCUGGGAACCUCAUAUGAACCCUGGGAACCCUUAAGAACCAAAGGAAAUCUGGGGACAGCUGAGGACCUUGAGGAUCCCAAGAAGAAAUCGCUAAGCACGUUGAGGAACCCUAUAGGGAACCUCAAGACCCAAAGGAAAUCUGGGGACUGCAGAAGAACCUCAAAAGGCUUAGGAACUCUGAUAACUCCUCAGGAACCCCCCAGAGAACCCAUGGGGACCCUGCGGGACCUGCAGUAUGCCCUGCAGGAGAAGAUCGAGGAGCUGCGGCAGCGCGACGCCCUGAUUGAUGAGCUAGAGCUGGAGCUGGAUCAGAAGGAUGAGCUGAUCCAGCGGCUGCAGAACGAGCUGGACAAGUACCGGUCCGUGAUCCGGCCCGCCACCGCCCAGCAGGUCCAGGCCCAGCAGCAGAGUCUCGUCCUCCAGCCGGACCAGCACCGCAGCAAGCGGCAGGCCAUCUCCGCCGAGCCCACCGCCUGCGACAUCAGCGACCUCAGCCACGUCACCCUGCCCUUCUACCCCAAGAGUCCUCAGUCGAAGGACUUGAUAAAGGAGGCCAUCUUGGACAACGACUUCAUGAGGAACCUGGAGUUGUCUCAGAUUCAGGAGAUCGUGGACUGCAUGUACCCGGUGGAUUAUGGGAAGGACGCCUGCAUCAUCAAAGAGGGCGACGUGGGCUCUCUGGUCUACGUGAUGGAAGAGGGGAAGGUGGAGGUGACGAAGGAGGGGAUGAAGCUUUGUACGAUGGGACCGGGGAAAGUGUUCGGAGAGCUGGCCAUCCUCUACAACUGCACCAGGACGGCUACUGUCAGGACUCUGAUCCAUGUGAAGCUGUGGGCGAUCGACCGACAGUGUUUCCAGACCAUCAUGAUGAGAACCGGACUCAUCAAACACGCUGAGUACAUGGACUUCCUGAAGAGUGUUCCCACCUAUCAGGGUCUUCCAGAGGAAACUCUCAGUAAACUGGCCGACGUCAUGGAGGAGACUCAUUAUGAAGCUGGUGAGUACAUCAUCAGACAGGGAGCCAGAGGAGACACCUUCUUCAUCAUCAGCAAGGGCACGGUGAACGUGACCCAAGUGGAUUCAGCCAAUCAGGAGCCAGUACACCUCCGAGAGCUCACCAGGGGAGACUGGUUUGGAGAACGAGCGCUGCAGGGUGAGGAUGUCAGAACAGCCAAUGUCAUCGCUAGCGGGGACGUCACCUGCCUGGUCAUCGACCGAGACUCAUUCAAGCAUCUGAUUGGUGGACUGGAUGACGUUUCAAAUAAAGGCUACGAGGACGCUGAAGUUAAGGCCAAGUACGAGGCAGAGAACGCCUUCUUCUCCAGUCUGAGGCUGAACGACUUCAACAUCAUCGACACACUGGGAGUCGGCGGCUUCGGACGUGUUGAGCUGGUGCAGCUGAAGAGCGAGGAGGCGAAGACGUUCGCCAUGAAGAUCCUGAAGAAGCGUCACAUCGUCGAUACGAGACAACAAGAACACAUCCGCUCUGAGAAACACAUCAUGACCGAGGCGCACUCCGACUUUGUCGUCAGGUUGUACCGGACGUUUAAGGACAGUAAAUAUCUGUACAUGCUGAUGGAGGCCUGUCUGGGAGGAGAGCUGUGGACCAUACUGAGAGACAGGGGUUCAUUUGAAGAUUCGACCACAAGGUUUUACACAGGCUGCGUGGUCGAAGCCUUCGCCUACCUGCAUGCCAAAGGCAUCAUAUACAGAGACCUGAAACCUGAAAACCUCAUACUGGACAGCCGGGGAUACGCCAAACUGGUGGACUUUGGUUUCGCCAAGAAGAUCGGCUUUUGUAAGAAGACGUGGACAUUCUGCGGGACGCCAGAGUAUGUCGCUCCAGAGAUCAUCCUCAACAAGGGUCAUGACGUCUCAGCAGACUACUGGUCUCUGGGCAUCCUGAUGUACGAGCUGCUGACGGGCAGUCCUCCGUUCUCAGGUCCAGAUCCAAUGAAAACCUACAACAUCAUCCUGAGAGGCAUCGACAUGAUCGAGUUCCCCAAGAAGAUCACCAAGAAUGCCGCCAACCUCAUCAAGAAGCUCUGCAGAGACAAUCCCUCAGAGAGACUUGGAAACCUGAAAAACGGAGUCAAAGACAUCCAGAAGCACAAGUGGUUUGAAGGUUUUAACUGGGAGGGUCUGAGGAAAGGAACUCUGACUCCGCCCAUCAUACCUGCCGUUUCCUCCCCGACUGACACCAGUAACUUCGACAGUUUCCCUGAAGAUGCUGACGAGCCGCCACCAGAUGACAACUCCGGUUGGGACUAUGACUUUUAAGUCCCACCCAAUCUCUUCCACCAAAACCCAAAGCCUGACACCCUACGGUGGGCAGUGACAUCCAGAUCUAAGAGGAAGAGGACUCCUCACCAGGCUAAACAAAGAUGAACUUCAUGUACCAUUUGGUGGAUGUUUUUACCUGAAGCACCACUGUGACUGUGUGUUGUUUUUAAGAAUGGCUGGAGCCUGGGGGAAUCAAACUCUUAAUGUUUUUGUAGCCACAUUGUGUCCCCAAAUGAUUUGAGAACUAAGUGUGAAGAAGGCAACAGAUGGAAAAGGACUUGAGGCCUCUCGCUGACCAAUGUGAUCAAGUCUGUUCCGUGUAACUGGAGGAACCCUGAGCUGCCAGAACACCUGAGACUUGGAAGAUGAAGUGGUUCAAGGACAACAGAACAAAACAGUUGCUCAUGUCAACAGUUUGCUUGUGUUUCUAAGACUAGAAACACUUGUUUAUCAAAUCUCUCAGAGUAGGAAAUCAGUCCUAAGAAUGAUGCAUGCCUGGUUCUUUUUUGGCAAAGGGGUACAGGCAUGUACUUAACUUCAACAAUCUGGAAAAGUCAUCCCAGCUGUCAGAGCUGUCAGAAAUCUGGAAUGUAGUUGCUCCAUCCACAGAAGCAUUUCCAUGAGGCAGAAAAGACAUUUUUCCAACAACCAGGAGUGUCUUUAUAAACCCAGAACAACUCUGAUUCCUUGUUUCGCUGCUGCUGAGCUUUCGGUAUGUUCAUCCAUCAGCAGUCAGUCACACAGCAUAGGCCUUGCUUUACGUCCCAGAUAUUGCUGCAACACCUAGAUGUACUUUGGAUAUAAGUCAGUGACGUCAGUCUGAAAGCUGCUGCUUAAAACCGCCAGUGAAGCUACCAGAGGCGGAAGCUGGUAAAUCUUAAGGUGUCGAGUGAAAUCAAGUUGUCACAAAGUGCUUCCCGGAGCAAUGGACAAGGCUAAAUAGUCACACAGGCAAAGUUGGGACCCCAAAAGCCACAGGUUGUCUGUGUGGCAAUUAAUUUAUGAUCAUUUAAUUACAAAUUUGUUUGGAAAUACACACCACAAACGCACAAGUAAAAACUGAACACGUGAGGUGCCAAAUGUGCAGGCUUGAUUACCUGCUCCAAUCAGCAGCUGAGUUUUGAAAUCAAAGCUGCAGUUCCUCUAAUGUCCACUAGAUGCUGCUAAAGAAAGUCAAUGCAGUUUCUACACAAGUUCAGCACUCAGUAUAUCAUUCACCUCCUGCUGAUGUCCACAUUUUUGAUUCAUACAGCUUAAAAAAUAUGCUGCUUGACUGACAGGUUCCUCAGCCUUUCACAGUCUUAUCCCAGGUAUCUGGGCCCCAUCCUCUUCGUCUAUAUUAGGACUUCCUGACUCCAGAAGCUGACAAAGGUUUAAAAUUGUCCCUCCAGAUACCUCCUAAUGAAAUCCGGACACUUAAUGCCAUGUUUUACAGCGGCCUAUGGAAAGCCUCUGCUACUGUCAAGUAUCCUUCUUAAACACUGGCUGACACUUGACCUUUGACCCCUCAGGAGAAGAUUGUGCCACCAUUGCCUGUCCCUUAGGGGCUUCUCUGACCCUAGGAGCCCAGGUAUGGAUCUUUAAGCGCAGGCUGCAGGAUGAAUUUGAGGUCUGGGUGACGAACGCAACCUGCUAGAGGAAAAACUAACUGAAGACUGAACUGACAAACUUGAGGUCACCAUGAUGCCUUCACUUCUCAUUUACUGUUUGGGAACUCCAAAUCCAAAGACACAAAGUCAAAAAGUUUGGGUGUAGUAGCAGUUGUCUUCACCACUGGAUGACGGGGUUGUGAUACGAACAUUUCUACUUUUAAACUUUCCUUUCUAUCAUUCUUCAUGAUGUGAAUCUUCAGAUCACAGCACAUGAAAACAUAUUUUGUAAAUAUUUCCAAGACUUCCUACAUAUUUUUGCACACACACACACAUAAACAUUCUCACAGACACAUGCACGACUUUGUUGAAUUUCUUAUCGGCUGUUUGUUUUUAAGUUUUUUGAAGGUGAAGAAGGUUUAAAAAUAUUUUGGGCAAAACAGAAACAACCUUAAAG